AUGUUACCUGCACUUUUUAGCGAUAAUCGACAAACGACAGUUCGCCAAGUAAAACUCAAAAAACCCUUUGUAGAGGAUGUGAUAGCGCCAGUUACAAAGGACAUCCAGCCCCUGGAGGAGUCGCAGUCGAUAGGAGGAGAACAACCAACUGAACCGGAAACGGGACCUGAUAAGGAUGGCGGCGAAUCCCUGACAUCGGCCAUGGCCAUCGAGGGCUUUGUGCAGGGCGCACCCGAGGAUUAUACAGUUCAGUCUCAAACUGCAAUUGAUGAAGAGGCACGCAUGAAGCAGAUCAUCGAAUCGGGGGACCUUGAGCAGCUGGCCGAGAUCGUGCUGAAUGGCGAGGGCGCUAGUCUGUUGAAUCCCAAGUCCAAGGAGGCGGAAAUACAAGCCUUUCUCAACAACGUGCCCAGCUACAUGGUAAGCGGAAAGUAGUGGGGGGAUGGUCGGAAGGAGUAGCCACUAAUUAAGGCACGGUUCAUAUGCUACUCUGACAGGAGAAAAUCCAUCGCGGAUUUGCCGGAAUCGCCGGAAGUUUGCCAUUGCAAAGGACGACAUAUCCCCCAAUGGCUCCACGGCCCUGCACGUGGCCUUGCUCUUUGGACAUACGGGUGGGUGUUGGGUAUACUCUCCUUCCGCUUAAAUUCCCUAUUUCGAUUGGCUUUUUCGCUUGACUUUUUAUACCCGAUACUCAAAAUGAGUAUUGGGGUAUAUUAGAUUU